AUGGCAGUCUGUCCCAACUGCGGCUCUGGCCAGACAGAGUCCAAUGCUUCCAGCGGCGCAACUUACUGCACUUCAUGCGGUACCGUCAUCGAAGAAAACACAAUCGUCUCUGAAAUCACCUUUGGCGAGUCUUCCUCAGGUGCCGCGAUCGUGCAAGGCGCCUUUAUCGGCGACGGCGCAACAGGAGCGCGCAUAUCAGGUCCUUUCCGGAAUCAGUCAAGUGAGAAUUCACGAGAUCAGACGAUGCGCAAGGGCAGACAGCGCAUCAACGCGUUGGCCAAUGCCAUGCGUCUUUCUGAGCGUCUCGCAGAGAAGGGUGUGCGCUUCUUCCAGCUAGCCGUGAACAAUGGCUUCAUUCAAGGACGACGCUCUCAGUACGUGGUCGCUUCAUGUCUCUAUAUCACAUGCCGUAUGGAAAAGACAUCGCACAUGCUCAUCGACUUUUCAGAUGUCCUCAACAUCAACGUCUUUGUCCUUGGCUCCACCUUUCUCAAGUUUGUAAAGGUACUGCACCUCAGCAUCCCGCUGGUAGAUCCAUCACUCUACAUCACAAGAUUCGCAGGCAUGCUCGAGUUUGGUGAUGACACCCAGAAGGUGGCGCACGACGCCACUCGACUUGUUGCGCGUAUGAAGCGCGACUGGCUCGACUGUGGACGUCGGCCAGCCGGUGUCUGUGGUGCAGCGCUUGCUAUUGCUGCGCGUAUGAAUGAUUAUCGACGCACCAUGGCGGAAAUCGUGUAUGUCGUCAAAGUCGCUGAAGAGACGGUCCAGUCGCGACUGCAGGAAUUCAGUAUGACACCUUCCGGCGAGCUUUCUGUGGAUGACUUUCGCAGUGUUUGGCUUGAACGUGAGGAGAUGCCACCGUCUUUUGGACCAACAAAGAAGACUGGAAAGGGCAAGAGCAAGCGCCAGCGAGCUGCGGGAGCACAGGCCGAUGUGUUGCCUAUCGACCCUACAGCACCAGAUCCAGUGACGGGAGAUCCUUCUGAGAUUCCAAACGAUGCUGUGUCGCUUGAGAUUGCCAAGGAGAUGGAAGGUGUCUUACAAGACUCGCAAACCAAAGAGCUUGAAGGGGAGCUGGCUGCAAAAAAGCGUUCUGAGCGAGAAGCCUCUCGGCUUGCCAAUCCUGAGGGCUCCAAUCUAUCAGACGUUGACGACGAUGAGAUUGAUGGAGUCUUGUUGGAUGAAGAGUCGAUCAAAAUCAAGACUCAAGUCUGGAUGGAGCUCAACAAGGACUAUCUUGCUGCGCAGGAGCAGAAGAAGCUCAAGGCUGAUACGGAUCGUAAACAAGGAAUUCGUGCACCAAGCAAGAAGAAGCGUCGCAUGAAGCCACGAGACUCGUCGGCGCCCAAUCUGCCAGAGAGCCCUGCUGAAUCUGCGAGACAGCUUGUUGAGGAACGAAAACUUUCAAAGAAGAUCAACUACGAAGCCCUAGAUGCGCUAUUUGCGUAG